UUACAUGGUCUGGCAAUGGAGUUAAGCACAGAAAAUUUGGGAGUAUCUGUGUUUUUAAAGGGUAAAGAAGGCUUCUCUUUUUUUCUCUUUCAGUACUGUUGUCCAGACAUGAUAAAUAACUUUUUGGGACUGCCUAAAACUGAAUUUUCAAGUACAGCAAAUAAAGAUAACACUAUUGAUUCAGAGCAAGGAAAAUUGAUCAUGUUGGUUAAUGACUUUUAUUAUGGAAAACAUGAAGGAGAUGUCCAAGAAGAACAGAAGACUCACACCACCUUUAAAUGCUUCAGUUGCUUGAAAAUUCUUAAAAAUAAUAUUAGGUUUAUGAACCACAUGAAACACCAUUUGGAACUUGAGAAGCAGAGCAGUGAAAGCUGGGAAAACCACACCACCUGCCAGCACUGCUACCGUCAGUUUCCCACACCAUUUCAACUGCAAUGUCACAUUGAAAGUACACACACACCCCAUGAAUUUUCUACCAUUUGCAAAAUCUGUGAAUUAUCAUUUGAAACAGAGCAUAUUCUUUUACAACAUAUGAAGGACAAUCAUAAACCCGGUGAAAUGCCAUAUAUUUGCCAGGUUUGCAAUUAUAGAUCGUCAUCAUUUUCUGAUGUAGAAACUCAUUUUAGAUCAUCCCAUGAAAACACUAAGAACUUGCUAUGUCCAUUUUGCCUCAAAGUUAUUAAAAUUGCCACACCCUAUAUGCAUCAUUAUAUGAAGCAUCAGAAAAAAGGAAUACAUCGUUGUACAAAAUGCAGACUGCAAUUUUUGACAUGCAAAGAGAAAAUGGAUCACAAGACUCAGCAUCAUCGAACAUUUAUAAAACCUAAAGAGCUAGAAGGACUACCUCCUGGAACAAAAGUUACUAUUCGAGCUUCAGUUGGACCUCUUCAAUCAGGAUCUUCAACUGUACCUUCCAUUAGUACAAACACUUCUAUCCUUCAGGCCUCACCUCCGAGAACAAAAUGUGUAACUGCUAAAAAUCCCACAAAAUCUAACACAAAUAAAUUUACUACAACUAAAUCUAAUGCAAGUAAACCUACUACAAGUAAGCCUAAUGGAAGUAAAUCUAAAUUCAAAUCAAAAGUCUCUAAUAUGCAAAAAAAACAAAGCACUUUGGCUAGUAGCAACAGAAAAAGUAAAGUCAAUACAGCAUUGAGGAGCUUAAGGUAUCGUCGGGGAAUUCAAAGGUGCAUUGAGUGUUUUUCCGAAAUAAAAGAUCUUUCAAAUCACUUUCCUAAAUAUGUCCACUGUAGUUUUUGCAGAUACAACACUAGCUGUAGCAAAGCCUAUGUGAAUCAUAUGAUGAGCUUUCACAGUAACUGCCCAAGUAAAAGGUUUUGUAUUUUUAAGGAGCAUUUAAGAAAUCUCAGGGGCAUUACUCUGGUGUGCCUUGAUUGUGAUUUCCUAGCUGAUGUAUCUGGCUUUGAUAAUAUGGCUGCACACUUGAGUCAGCAGGAAACUCAUACUUGUCAAGUUGUAGUAGAGAAAGUUUCUGCUCGGAUUCCAACUUCUGAACAUCUUUCUGAAUUAAAAAAUGAAGCUCCCACUAAGGAACAAAAACCUGUGUCUGAGGAAAUUGCAAGACCUAAUAAGGCUGAAGGAGAAACAGAAACAUCAAAUUCUGAAAGUAAACAUGAUAAAGCUUCUUCAGAGGAAAAAAGUGGAUGUGAUGCAAAUGCAUUUGAAGGCUCAUCAGCAACAAAAAGUGAAGAAAGCAUAAUAAUUUCAGAUAAGGAAAACAAUACCUGUCUUGAAGACAAAGAAACUGGCUCAAAGACUAUCUUCAGUUAUGUUUCAAAUAUUGGUAAAGAUAAAGUGGAAAAGGAAAACCAAAUAGAGAACAUUGAUCAGGAAACGGAGUUGAAGAAGUGCCAAAGUUCAGAAAACAUAAUUUCAUGUGAUCAGAUUAAAGAUCAAAGCUCCAAUGAAGCUAGGUUUUCUUCGAAGAAUAUUAAGGAUUUGCAGUUAGCAUCUGGUGAUGUGAGCAUUGAUCAGUUUUUGAGAAAAAGAGAUGAACCUGAAUCUGUUAGUUCUGAUGUUAGUGAGCAAGGCAGUAUUCAUCUGGAACCUUUGACUCCAUCGGAGGUACUUGAGUAUGAAGCCACAGAAAUUCUUCAGAAAGGUAGUGGUGAUUCUUCAGCCAAGUCUGAUGAAGUAGUGUCUGAUCAAAAAGAUGAUGUUCCUGGAGAAAAUAGCCCUAGCACAACAGAGACAACAGUAGACCUGGCAGAUGAAAAAGAAAGAAGUUGAAAUUAGUUGUCAUUCUCAGUUUUAGUGUAUCAGUGGUAAGAGCAUUCAGAUCAGUGCUACCAGGUGAGCUCAGUGGUGCUGUUGUAGAGUUCAGAAAUAGAAAAAUGUGAGGAGGUCAUUUAUACACUUUAUCUGUAUGUUCAACCUAGGUCAUUACAGAAAUCAGUUGAAUAAUAGCAUGAUUAGUAUGAAUUUCCAAGAGGUUUUAAAACAUAAAUAGAAAAGCUUCAUUUAACAGUUCUCAAGGAAAUGGAACUUGUUUGCCAGUAUGAAUUGAUUAUUAGAAUAUUAUUUAUGUUUAUAAAGCAGUGAAACUUCCAUCAAUCCUAAGCUAAAAAUCCUUAUUACCUUUAUAUUCUUCUCAAUUAACUUAAAAGAAGAAAUUUGGAAACCAUAUAUCUUUUGGGAAUUUUUAGAUAAUGGCUAAUUGGCAUUGUUAAUAAAGCUUUAUUUGGAGUAUGAUGCUGGUAAAUGCGUAGAGUGUGAAAUUAAUGAAUCUAUUGAGAAUUUUGAUACACAUAAACUUAAUUUUGGAUGUAAUGUAACAUUCCAGACUGUCAGAAGCAUGUAAACAGAAUAUUUGAAUCUGUGUACCUCCAUACAUGUGUUAGUCUGCCAGGCUAUAAGCUUACCUUAAUUAAACUUUCAGUGAAAGUGAAAUUAUUAAAACAUAAAUUUAUAUUUGUGUUUUGUGUCAGUGUGAGCUGUGCAGAAAUCCCUUGAUGUGCUAGUUGUAUAAAGUAGAAACCCACUGUUAAAACUCCUGUAGUUAUUAUGCUUUUAACCUUGUUUUAAUGAUCUUUAGAAAUAGACCCAUAAAAAUGGUCUGGAAACCAAACCAAAGUAUGGAAUAAUGUAGAUAUUGUAAAGCAGUCAACUGAAAACAUGUCCUGGCAUGAAUCCAGCCAUGUUUAAGUGACGUUUUCUUUAAUUGUAAAAUAGAAACUUCAAAUGGGACCUAAAGCAGUGAUGUAAAAAAUUGUUUUGGGGAUAUUUAGUCUAAUUUAUCCAUAAGAUGGCUGCUAAAUUGAUUUCUCAGUUGUUUUUAAUCAUCUAGAAAUAAUAGAUUUAGAAAUGAGUAAAUGAACAACCGUAGUUGCUUUGAAGUACUAAUAAACUUUUAUUUAAAAUGCUACAUUUUUACUUCUUAAAAUGUGCUUUGAAUCCUUAAAUUUUGUUUCACUGAAUGUUAAAUGUUUUAAAUGUCUGUUAAAAUCCUGAUGUAUAUAGUAGUUUUUGAGUAAAUAUUUGCAAUAAAAAUAUGUACCUGAAUAA